UGACUAUUGUCAUGUUCAACGUUUUGGUUGCUAGACGACAAUAAUGCACAUUACACCCGUACAGCGAAGAGAGACGCGAAGCGACGCAGAGCAAUAUUAUUAUGUUAUUAGUAUUGUUUACUCCGUAGCGUUUACACACCAUAUCGACGUAGGAGCUGCUGCUUUUCAUAACGGCGACAUCAGGAAACAGCUGCAUCUUGGGAGCUUCUUCUUAAGACCCCCUACCCAUGUCAAUGCUCUUUUAUGCUGUUUUAUAUUAGGAUUGACACGACUCUUUGACAUGAGAAAAAUAAGAUUUCCUGCUGCAUCAUAAUAACCUACUCGGACACUACAAGUCGUACCUCCACGAGAAAGUAUUAUGGUCCUAUUGUCUGUAAAAGGUGAUGAUAAAAUAAAAACAGGCCAUCGCAAAAGCUAUAAUGUCUGUAGUAGCUGGAGAACUUGUCACUGAAGAGGAGGUAGAGGAUCUGGCAGAGGACAGUCUUUGUAGCAGCUGUGUGUCCGACACUGAAAAGAAAUCAAGAAAAAAGAAAGUUUCAGGCAGACCACAUCCUUCUCCUAGGUCACCAUACCUGAAUAGUGCAAACUUGCAUCUGAAGAGAACUCCAGUAGCAUCAUGGAGGACAGUGAAAGGGACACAGCUCCAAAACUAUAAAACCUCUCCGGCUGGUACACCAAAGGAUGUCUGGCUACACUUACAGAAUGAUGGGAAUGGGACAUUGUCAAAGUCUCCAAAAGGUGCGGAUUACAGUGUCACGCAGACCAGCAUCUCAAUAACCAGCACCCCUGAAUACUUGAAGGAGGCCUUAGGAAUGAAAAAGCCAAAAUAUUCCUGCUCUGCAUCCAACGGUUAUGUUCCAGGGACCCCAGACUUCAAAGAUAAGGAGGAAAUGUAUGAUGAAAUAAUUGAUCUAAAAAAGACCGUCCAGUCCCAAAAGGCUGAAUCGGACAAGAUGAAAGCCAAGCUGCGGCGUCUUGAAGAAGAAAGCACUAAGAAAGACAGACAAAUCGAACAGCUGUUGGAUCCAGUGAAGGACCCAGAGUAUGCAAGGGGUUUAGUGGACAGAAAGACUGAUCUUAGAUCAAUCAUUAACGGACUGAAACAGAGGAUUCUACGAUUGGAGCAGCAGUGCAAAGAAAAAGAAAAUGCCUUAAGUCAGCUUCAGAGUGACCUCAAAACUACCAACAUGCAGGAAAUGAAGAUCACUGUGGAAACCUACUUUGAAGAGGUUCAAAGAUUGCAAGCACUUUUGGAGUCAACUGAAAGAAGUAAUAAGGCAGAGAGCAAAAACAUCAGGCGGCAGAAUAAGACCCUUAGUGCAACGGUUCUGAAACUCACAAACACUGUCCAACACCUGGAGAACGAGAACCAGGAGCUCAAAAAAGAAUUGACACUGGAAGAGAUGAACAUGAUGGACAGCCUUGCGUGCCGAGCCAAGGGUUAUAUGGAUUGGAGUAAACAGAGACUUGUGCGCCGAAUCCUGGAGCUCGAAAAGAGAGUUGAGCAGAUGAAGAAUCUUCAGAUCACUAAAGCAUCAGACUCACAGAAGAGCCCAGACAAUAAAAGCACUGAGUCAGAAUCGUCCAAUCAGAGUGAUUCUGUCAACACAGAGAUGGAGCCAUCUGUGAUUAAAGAGAAUGAUGUGCAUUUGAGGGAAGCAGUUAAGAAGCUUGGAGAAGAGAAAAAGGAACUACAGGAAAAACUAACCCAGAGAGACGAGGAGAUAAAGCAGUUGUCUGCUGAGAAGGAUAAGAGUCUGAAAGAGGUAGAAAACGUGCUGAAGGAACAAAUCAGAAAGCAUGAGGGACUGAUGCAAACACACAGGCAAGAGAUGGGUGCACUGACCAUAGAAAUCAACUGUUUGAAAGAGAAACUAGAGGAGGAAAGAAAACUCAGAUUACUACAAGAUUCAAGUCAGGUUCGGGACGGUUCUUUGUCAUUAACACUCACAGAACCAUUGUCGUCAUCAGCGGUCAUCCCGAUAGAGAAGAACAGAGCAGCUAAGAUCAUCCAGACGUACUGGCGCUCACACCAAAUACAGGAUCUAGUUCUUUUACAGUCCUGUCUCAGAGGGCAUCUAAUCAGGCAGAGGCAGGUAGAUGGACAGAGUCAAGCAGACCCAAAAACCAUCCCUGUUGCCAUGAGCCAAUCAGGAAUGAAUGCUCAGGCUGUACAGGAAGAGGAAGUGACUCUGCUGCAGUCUGUCUUUAGGGCUCAUCUCAAACGCAGCACUCGGACGAUGGACAGAGCAUCUGCAGUGACACAGUCUGCAUCUUCCAUACAUCAGAAGAAGCUGUAUCUCUCCACUCCUCCACUGCUGCCCAGAGGCUGCUCACAGGCCGUGUUUGCUAACAAAAUACAAACCUCAGGUGUAACUCAGAAUAAUAGUGAGGAGACUGCAGAGGAACUACAUCCUGCUAAUAAUGAUAAGAUGACAAGACAAGAGCUACAUGACAAGAGCUCAAUACCAGCAGUCCUGAAGAUCCACCAACAGCAACAAGCCAAUGAAAUUCCAAACACCGUCGAUUCAGACGACUCUGAUGACAUUAUUGUGUCUCCUUCAAAGCCGAUGAGAAAAAGAGAAAAAUGCUUAAGUCCGUCCAGUGCUAAUGACUUGAUUUAGCUUCUUUAUUUACUAUUAGGAGCUGUUUUUUCUUUCGUAACUUGGAUCACACACUAUUUCCUGAGCAACCUAAAAAGAAUUGAAGCAAAAAAAAAGGACCAUAUAUGGGCAAUAAUGACUGUACAGAGAAGAACAUGGAUCAUGGAUGAUGAACAUUCAAACAUGGUUUUGUCACACUUUACUAUUCUGUGAAGAUCAAUUUUUUUUACUUCUAGGAACUAAGCCUUCAAAUAAGGGACAGAUUACAGAAGAUGUGUCUUCUCAUUCCAAAAGUGCCUUUUGUUGAAUGAUCAUUUUUAAUGAGGAUCAGGGAUUUAAUAUUACAUAUUACAUAUACAUAUUACACUAAGCAGGAUAUCGCAUAAAACAUAUUUAAGCCAUUUAAGAGUGCAUUUAAGGUACACCUCUGAUUGAUAGAAAAGGUACUGCGAAUCUCCACAAAUGUGGGUGAUGUAUGCUGUAUAAGACAACUUUGUUCAGAUUGGAGAAAGAAAAAUGACAGUAAAUACUGUUUCACUUAAAUGUUGUCAAUGUGUUAAAUGUUAAUAUAGGUGUAUCUGUAUUGAACCAAUAAUAGCACUGAAAAUGUGAUGCUGUUUUCCAAUUUUAAUGUCUUGUUAAAACUGAUUUUGCUCGAAGAGCACAUUAUUUUUUGU